AUGCAGACGUUCCUGAGGGGAAGAGUGCGUAUCAAAGUGGAGGAAGAAUUUUUUGCCACUGACAAGGCUCUGCUGGUGGAACACAGUGAGUACUUCCGCGCGCUCUUCCAGUCUGGCAUGAAGGAGAGCACGCAAGACGAAAUCCAGAUCCGAGACUUGAGUGCCAUGGGAUUUCUCCUCAUGCUCCGGGUCCUGGCAGGGGAGAGACCCGUGCUGACCUGUGAGGAGAAUCUCAAGGCGGUUGAAUGUGCAGCUUUUCUUCAGGUGAAGACGAUGACCAAGUAUCUGAUUAAUUCCAUCAAUUCCGAUAACUGCAUUGUCCUUUAUCAAGCUGCUGCCAUGUUUGGCCUACAGGACCUUUUCCACAGUGCUGCCCUGUACAUUAGAGAUGGCUAUUCUGAUUUAGAGGAGUACUUAGACUGCCUUUCUACUGACCUGCUGGAUUACGUGGACUCCCUUCUGCCCAGCACAUUUGUCGCAGUGGGAGCCCAUACACCAACCUUUGAGUUUCUACAGGACCUUUCGAGAACCAUCUGCUACCUGGAUGAGGAUGACAACACGUGGAAGACGCUCUCCUGCUUGCCGCUGACAGCCAGCACAUUCCUAGCCGGCAUGGCAACGCUGGAUAAUAAAAUCUACAUAGUGGGCGGAGUCCGCGGAGCGAGCAAACAAAUCGUGGACAUCAGUUUUUGCUAUGACGUAGAUGCUAACAGCUGGAGCGAGUUUCCCAGCCCUCAGCAGCUCCGGUAUGACCUCACACUGACGGGUCAUGAAGGUUAUCUUUACGCCAUAGGAGGAGAAUUUGAGAAGACCUUGCUAAAGUCCGUGGAGAAAUACAACGUGUCCUCCAACACCUGGACUUUUGUCGCUGAUCUGCCCCAGCCAACGGCAGGUGCGCCCUGCGCCCAGACCAUGGGGCGGAUAUUUGUCUGCUUGUGGAAGCCACUAGACACCACUAUCAUUUAUGAGUAUGAGAUCCAGAAAGACGAAUGGCUUCCCAUCUCAGCCUUAAAGCGGCCUCAGAGCUACGGCCAUUGCAUGGUGGCCCACAGAGAUAAUCUCUACAUCAUACGGAAUGGGCCCUCAGACGACUUCCUGCGGUGUGCGAUAGACUGCUUCAACCUCACCAGCCUGCAGUGGACAGCUUUACCGGGGCAAUACGUGAACAGCAAAGGAGCUCUCUUCACUGCCGUGAUCAGAGGGGAUACGGUUUAUACAGUCAACAGGAUGCUGACCCUCCUCUACUCCAUAGACGAGACUACAUGGAGGUUCAAAAAGGAGAAGGCUGGAUUCCCAAGGAGCGGGUCCCUACAAACCUUCUUUCUCAGGUUCCCAAAGAGAGACCACAGCAUUGCCACUUAG